AUGAAUUUUUCAGGCUUAAGUGAAGAAGAAAUCCAACAAAUUUAAUAGAAACAAUUAGCGAUUAUAUAGAAUUCUGCUGCUAAAAGAAGUGAAAAAGAUGUUUAGCUUUUAAUGUAUGCAACAGAAAACAUUUCAUUUUUUAAAAGCUAUAGUAAUGAUCCUUCCUUUAAAUAUAUUCAUAAGUAAUGUUGUAUGAGCAUGGAAUAUGAAUUCGUUAAAAAAGGUGACUGGGUUUUUGAAAUAGAUAGUAUAGGAGAGAAAUUUUAUCUCAUCUUAAAAGGAUCUGUAUCUGUAUGGAUCUAUCCACCUGGAGAGGCUAUCAAAAAUAAGGAUAAUCUUAUUUAAGCAAAAUAAUUAAGAUACGGAGAGAGUUUCGGUGAGCUCUCAUUGAUCAGUAAAAAACCUAGACUUGCAUCUAUUAAAGCAGACGAAGAUUGUCACUUUGCAAUACUUGAAGCUCAACCCUUUAAGUAGAUUUUAUAGGAUUCUGAAAAUGAAAAACUUUUAAAAGAAAUGGGUUUUUUUGCUGAUUUACCUCUAUUCCAAACUUGGAAUUUCAAUCUAAUAAAACAAAUAUAUUUGAAUUCCAUAAAAAAAUAGUAUAAAAGAGGAGAGAGAGUAUUUAGCUAGGGAGAUAAUCCUGAUAAAAUUUUCAUUGUCAGCAGUGGAUAGUAUACUAUAUUUAAAGAAAUUGGUAUUGACUGUAUAGGAGAUGAAAAAUACAUCAUGAAACCAGAAGAUGAGCUAUUUAAAUAGCUCGAAGGAAAUAAUUUAAAAUUGAAUCGUCCUCCACAAAAAAAGCUCCAUUAAAUUAUUAAUUUAGCAGCUCAUGAGUUAUUUGGAGAAGAAGAUAUUUUAAACAAAGAAUCUCACAGAACAUUUACUGUAGUUUGCUAAGAAGAAGGGCUUUUAUUAGAAAUAAGUAAAAAUGAUCUUAUUUAAAGAAUAUGUUCUCAACGCUGCUCUCAUGAAUAUCUAUAAGAAAGACUGAAAAUAAAAUAAAAUUUAAUGAAAGAAAGACUAGAAGUUGUUACUGAACAGCUAAAAGUAAACACUUAUAACAAAUAUGAAGAUACCUUCUAAAAAAUGAUUGUGAAAAGCCCAUUGAAAUAAAAGAUCAAAGAUAUGUUAUACAAUAAUGAAGACUCUUUAAAUAAUGGUGGAAUUUUUCAUAGAAAAUUUAAUUAAGAAGAGCUUAAAAAAUACAAUAAAAAAUUUGAUGAAGAGCUAGAAAAAAGAAGAUUGGAAGAAUAAAAAAAGCCUGAAUUUCUCAAUUCCUCCGCAAAGCUUUUUAUCCAUAAGUUGUAAUACUAAUUUGACUCAAAGUUAGGAUCUGAUAAAAGAAUGAAAUAAUUGAAAGAUCAUGUCAAACACAGCAGUGUAAUUGAAUUAAUACCUGCCAAUUUGGGAAGUGUUCCAACAUUAAGAGAAUUAAGAGAAGAAUAUGAAGAAGAGUUGCCUAAAGUUGUGAAUAAAGCAACUCUAAAUUAUUUCAUGAAAAAACUAAAUAAAAUUAAAUAAAAAUCUGCAAGCUAGGUGGAAGCUAAUUUAAUGAGCAAUAUCAAAUCUUUGAAUUAAAUUCCUUAAUAAAUUGAAAAUAUUGAUAAAAAACAAUACAAAACCUUUUCAAAUUUCAAAAGAAAUCUUUUAGAUGAUUCUAAUUUCAAAAUAGAAGAAGAAACUUUAAAACUACCUAAAAAGUCUUUUGUUGAGCCUACUAUCAAGUCUUUAAAUUUUUUAUAAUGUAUGUAAGAUGAUUAAAGCCUAUCUAAAAAUACCUCUAGAGAUUCAAUUACAGAGAAGAGUGAACAAAAUUUAUUUUUAACUGAUAACAAGAGUGUAAAAGACCAAAAAUAAAAUUAAGCCUAAGAAUAAAGUUUUCUUGUAAAUAGAUAAAUUAAACAAUUCAAUUAAUAUUCCAAAUAACAUCAAAAUAUAAUUAAACUCUUAAAUGAGACUUAAGCCUAAUAACCAGAUAUUUAGCAAUCAGACAAUUCAUAAAGAAAUUCACGAAAACUAUCUGCAUAAUCAAUAAUCUUAGAUGAUGACAGUCAAAAAAUACUUUUCAAUUAAUAACUUGAUUAUGCUCAUAUUGCAAAAGUUAGAGCAACAAAAUCCUCUUCUUAAUUAUAAAGAGCUAAAAAAACCUAAUUUUAAUUUAAUCUGAGACCUAAUUUUAGCUUUAAAAAAAAUUAAUAUUUUUUAAGUUCAGCUUAAUCUACAAGAAAUAAAAACUCUGAUAAUAAUUUAAUACAUACUAUAUCCUACUAAACCCCAUCUUUGAUCAAUUAAAACAUAAGUAAUUCACCACUUUAAUUACCUAUUAAAAAUAACUCACUAAAAAUCACAGAAGAAUUACAAAAAUCUACAUAAAAGGAAUAGCUUAAAGAUAACUCUUCUAUCUUUCAGUAAAAAGAUAGUAAAAAAUUCCAAUUAAAUUCUUUUUCUACUAAAUUUUUAUAAAAUAAAUAAUAAAUUCAAUCAGAUAAUAAUUUAAAUUAAAAACCUAUUACUAACUUUAUAAUUACUAACUCAAACAAAAAAAUACAAAAUAAUCUUUCUACUAGCCCAAACAAAAAGAAAAGAAUAAUUUAUAUUUGA